UCAAGUCUCAAUAGUGUCUGAGAAGCUCUCCGUUUACGAAUCUCACUCCUUUCUCUUUCUUCCCGCUCCUUUCUCUCUCUACUGGCUAUAACUUCCUCACUUCUAAAUUCAAAGACUUUGAAUUUCAGGGGGCAAGUUUGAAAACAGGAUGGACAUAAUAUCUCAACUACAAGAACAAGUGAAUACAAUUGCUGCUCUUGCUUUCAAUACCUUUGGGACGCUACAGAGGGAUGCUCCUCCAGUUCGACUCUCCCCUAAUUACCCGGAACCUCCUCCAAUCCCUACACUUACAGAGGAUACCCCUAACAUUUCUGACCAACCCAAGCUCAUGUCUGCUGCUCUCGUUAAGGCUGCCAAGCAGUUUGAUGUGUUGGUUGCAGCACUUCCAUUAUCCGAGGGAGGUGAAGAAGCUCAACUGAAAAGGAUUGCAGAACUCCAGGCUGAAAAUGAUGCUGUGGGCCAAGAACUACAGAAGCAACUAGAAGCUGCAGAGAAGGAGUUGAAGCAAGUCCAGGAGUUGUUCAGCCAAGCUGCGGAUAAUUGCCUGAACUUGAAGAAGCCAGAUUGAAGAAAGGGCAGCGGCACCCAUUGGUGGCAAUUCCUUGUCUUUUUCUUAUUAGUAACAUUUAUUGGCUGCACGGGAUGUGCUUCAUAUGUAUAUUUUUUGUUGGUCUUAAAUCCCUUUUCUUGUAAAACAUAUGGAGGAUCAUCUCCAUGAUGGUCCGUCAUUUUGUAGUGGAUUCACAGCAAAGACUUCCUAAACAUGCUUCUGGGGGUCCAUUGACGUUUUCCCCUGAUUGCCCAA